UAGUACAUCUAGGGCUAUGAAUAAUUGUGGAGUAGUUAUCUGCCUGAAGACUACAGCUCUUACAAGAGAGUUAUGGCAUAUCAGGGAAAUGUGUAUCUCAUGGAGUCAUAAGUACCAUAGGAAGGCAACUAGUUAUCUGGUGUUUGAUCAUUAUGUAGAACUUCUGAAGCAGUUGCGGUGUGUAGUGUAGUGUCAACCAAGCUCGAAAAAUACAGCCAACCUACUGAAUGCUGUUACCUGGCUGAAACGCCGAUCAACUGCUCCCUUAUUGCUUCUGCUAUAUACUACUCUUCUGUAUUGCCGGCUACCAGCUCCUUUCUGUUAUAUCAUACCGUGCCUGCAUUAUUAUGCCUCUCUUUCUUAUGAUCCUACCACUGCUUGUUAUCAAACUACCAAUGCUCUUUAUCACUGAUUUUCCAUGAAUCAUGAUUCAUUUUCUGUUUGACGUACAUUUAAUGCUUUAUCUUGCGUCUCAACAUCUUAAUCUUAUAAAACGGAAUCGCCGUCUUUUACAAGAAUUUGCCAAGUUAUAUUUAUAAACUACAAAGUGAUGUGUUUUUAACUUUUUAUCAUGGUCUUUAGGUGUUUUUAUCAUGGUCGUUUCAGUAAAAUAACUUUUUACUUUACCAAAAGUCAAACAGUAAAAAAAACCCACCUCAUGUGACAUGUUGUGACAAAAACUUUUAAAAAGAAUUACUACUUCUGUUUGGACAGUUCAUUUUUUGAGGACAAGCCUCUGUUUUCCCAUCCUUUUAUAAACCCUUCUUAAACCCCCAUUUUAAAACUUGCUGUACAUUUAGAAAAAACAGAGGAAGAAACGGAGAUACCACCAUUGUUGUGUUCCCUAAUUCAUGCUCAAUUUAACACGAGUUAUCUGAAAGACGAAGAUGUCGAAAAGGCGUAUUUUUGUGUUGAUUGUGGCGGUAAUUCUUUGUCGAAGAAAGAGAAGGAAGCAAAGCAUGAAGGGCACAGAGUUUUCAGAGCAAAGAAGAUGUCUCACCGUUACUCUUACAGAAAAGAUGACAUUUUGAGUUUAGGGUUAGAUGUAACUGGGGUUUGUGUUUACUGCAUUAAUUCAACUGAUGUUUUCUUACCAAAAUCAGUUUCUGACAAAUACCAUCACUUGAAAGGAUAUCUUGGGUGUUGCAGAUCUUGUGGGAAGCCUGUGAAAAAGUCUGCAUUUUACUGCUCAAUUCUGUGUAAGUUACUUGCCAAUGAAGAGCAGGAGAAUUUUGGGAUUGCGGAGAUGAUAAUGGAGCACGAGAACCCGAGUCGCCGUCGUUGUCUUUCGAAGAACAGGAAGAGAGAAAGGGAGGAAGAGAAGAAGAUAAUUAGUUUAAGUAAUAAUGGUGGAGGAUUUUCUGUAGAAAUGAAGCAUGGGGGUAAUCCUGUAAUUCUGAAGAACGCCAAGGAGAAAUUGGAGACUUUGAUAGAUGCUGUUAAUCUGACAUACAGGAAGAAGGGUAGAAAAGGAAUUCCUUACAGGGCUCAUUUCUUUUGAGAGUUGAAGAAGAAGAACUUCUGAAUUUUGGGUAAUUUUUGGUACUAAUAUGUUUUUUUACCCUUUCAAUUAGGUUUGUUAUUGUGGGAUUUAGUUGAUUAAUAUGAGAGUUUAAUUGGGAGUGUUUAACAUAACUAGUAGGGUUAUGUUGAACUGUUGAAGUAAUACUGACAAAUCUUUUUAUGGAUCUUCACCAUAACCGGAUGCAUAAAUUCGGUUUAAUUAAUUAAUGGGGACUGUGGAGGGGUUUAUGUGAAUAAUAGGGCAGAUGUAGCACUUGAAUACUAGGUGUUCUCUUUUGGAUUCCUAAUUGAUUUGUGGAGUUAAAUCUUUACUAAUUAUGAUGAAUUUAAUUA